GUCAGGGUCCCAUAGGCCCCGGGCGCGCGAGGGCCUGGGUGUGCAGGUCCGCUGGUCCUGGGCAAGGCCCCCGGGGCCGAAACUUCCUCUUGGAGCUCAGCACAGGAUGCAGUUUGUUCUUUCCCGGGCUUGUGAAGCCAUCUCGCAAACCACCCUGGUCAAAGUGCGCUUCCUGCCCAGCAUCUUAGGGCCCGCGGAGCCGGCAGGGGUGUGCGGGGCACGAGGCAGGCAAGAGCUGCCGGGGCAGGGGAGGGCGGUGUGGGGCAGGGGAGGCCCCGUGCCCCGCAGCCUCUCACCCCGUCUCCUCCCCCACAGCAUGGACAGAGCAGACCUGGAGUCCAGCCUGAAGCAGCUGGGCAAGGCAGAGCUGAAGGAGUUCAAGGUCAAACUGAACGACUAUAAGCCCCAGGGAGGCUUCCAGCCGGUGCUGUGGAGCGAGCUGGAGAGCGCCGACGUGCUGGACAUUGCCCGGGUGCUGUGCGGCCACUUCGUGGAGCCCUACGCCUUGCACGUGGCUGCCGACAUCAUGGCUCUCAUCAACAAGAAGGACCUGGAGUCGACGCUGCGGCAGGCCCAUGAACAGAGCGCCAUCGAAGCUGGGCAGCUGCAAUAGCCCACCUUGGACAGAGAUGCUGGAGGCUGCAGACAUGACCGGUGACUGACCACACAGGCGGCCAAGGCAGCACGUGCCUGAGCGGCGAAUGACGUGAGUUGCAGCUGUACGCUAUGCAAUGAGUAACCAAGCAGCUUGCCUUUCCCAUGAAAGAUAGCUAGAAACCAGCUAUAGAGUUGUUUCAAGCACCAACGUUGUAGCUGGCUAAAUCUUUUGUAACUGGACGGCUAUUUUUCUAUCGCGGUCAUUUCUUUAUACAUGCGGCCGGCGUGAAUAAAUGGCAUGGUGGAGCA